GAUACACAAAGAUACGCUUAUAGCUAUGGCGGUAAAGUGCGGUAUUUGUUUCAAACAGUUUACUAAACGAAGCAAUUUAUUGGCCCAUAUAUCUUGUGUACACAGUGAAGAAAACGAGAAGUUUAUUUGCCACCAUUGUAGUGAAAAAUUUAAAAGAAAGUUCAGUUUACUUCGCCAUAUUCAUCGAAAACAUGACAAUAACAACAAAUCUACUCCUUCUAUUAAAUGUGUAAUGUGCCCCUUUAAGUGCGAGAAGAAAGAUAUGUUAGAUCACUAUCGUUUAGUUCAUGACAUUACUAUUACUACCUGCAAUGAAAGUUUCAGUAAUUUUAUGGAAUUCGAAAAAUGGAAAGCAAUUAUGGAAGAAGAAACUACUUCAAAAUAUGUUAAAUACAGGACCAAAACAACUGAUAAUAAAGUGGUAUACUUUUAUCGAUGUCACCGCGAUGGAUUUUAUAAACCAUCAGGAAAAAAUAUACGUCACUUAAAACAACUCGGAAGUAACAAAAUCAAUGGGUAUUGUCCCGCUAAAUUAGAUGUAACUGUAACAAAAGGAAUUGAAAGUGUAAAGGUAAAAUUUAUUAAGUCACAUGUUGGUCAUGAAAUGGAUCUUGGAAGGUUGCCGUUAUCAAAAACUGAGAGAGAUACCAUUGCUACUAAACUUAGUCAAAAAACUCCAUUCGAUGAAGUUUUAAAUUGUGUGAGGAAUGGUAUUGGUUCAAAUAACGAUCUACGGAGGAUUCACUUAUUGACCAGAAAAGAUUUAUUUAAUAUUGAACGUACUUAUAAUUUACAUAAUAAUGCAGUCAGAAAGGUGACACCUUCUCAAAAUUUGAAAUUGCCACAAGAAAUUCAAGAUGCCAAGGUUAGUUUGCAAAAACAGUUUACAGAAAUUUUAGCAAAAGUUACUAAUAUGGAAGGGGCUGCAGUUGUUGAGAAGGCCUUGUUAGCAUUAAAACCCACAUUGUCCAGUUCAGAAAAUAGAAACUUGCAUUGUCUUCCAGAUAUUGUCGAAAAGCAAACCAAAUGUGGAAUAAAACAAAAAAGAUUUGCAUCCACAGAGAAAAAGAACAGCUAUUUACCUGCUACAUUUUCAAUUCCUACAGUAAAUGAAAAGGAUACAAUUGCAAUUUAAAGUAAAAUUUAAGUUUUAUACAAGCAAUGUUAUUUAUAGUUAUUUAAAGCCGACUUAUUACAUUUUUUUUAUCAAUUUUUAUUUAUCAAUACUACUCUAGGCCGAUGACUUUUUUUAGAAAUUUCCAGUAUAAGAUGUUGAGAUCUUAUAAACAGCAUGCACUAUGAAAAAAAUGUGUAAUAAAAAAAUAAACAAUUCACCGAUUUAUUCUAUUCA